AUGUUUGGUGGGCUUGCCAAGAGUGGACACUUGCGGCUACGGUCUGGUGACGCAUACACCAUUGAUUUGGAGGAUGAAAAGCCACAAUGGAGGCAGUUGGAAUGUGGUGCAUUUACUGGUGUAGGUAGCCAGAGUGCUGUGGUUCCUCCUCCUAGACUGGAUCAUGUUGCUGUAAGCAUGCCUUGCGGGCGGAUCAUCAUUUUUGGUGGUUCUAUUGCUGGGCUGCACUCUCCCUCUCAGCUUUUUUUGUUGGAUCCUGCUGAGGAGAAACCAUCAUGGAGGAUUCUCAAUGUUCCUGGGCAACCUCCAAAAUUUGCUUGGGGUCACAGCACCUGCGUGGUUGGAGGUUCUAUGUUGAUUCUAUUUGCUGAUAUGUUUCCACUGAUGAAUGAUGCACGGCUUGGUUUGCGCAAGUUGACACCAUCCAUGGUUGCAGUACCAUUGGCCCGCAUUCCAUCCAGUUCCAUUGUUGGACGGUGGCUUCAAUUCGAGAGAUACGACGCCGACGUUGCACCAGAAUACAGAAAGAAGGAAACAUGCCAAAAACACGACUUCUUUUUUUUCCAAGAAAAAAAGACUUCUGUUCAAAUCUGA